AUGUGCUGCCUAUGCCAGAUUGUCCAGGCGGCCAUCGUCUCGGUGUCAAUGGACUUGCAGUCGACACUGGGAGCUCAAUCCUGUCAUUAUUCGGCUGGACGCGAUGGUGUUAUUUGCGCCUGGGAUUUAAACCUUGAUCUCAAAUCGAGCGGUGGUUUUAACCCCUCUUCUUCCGCCUCGUCAGGCACUACAUCCACUAAUUUAGUUUCCGAUUCGAGUACAAAGACUAUACCAGCAACGACUUUCCGCCGCCAGGUUCAGGCACAUACACAUUGGGUAAAUGAUAUUCUCCUUGCGCAAGGCAACUCGGCGCUCGUUUCUGCAUCAUCAGAUACGACUGUUAGAGUAUGGCGGCCAGAAUCUCAAGACAUGCGGCUACCGCCUUCGAUUGGCAAGCAUGGGGACUAUGUAAAAUGUCUAGCAACACCAAAGCCGCACUCUGAAUGGGUUGCAUCUGGUGGUUUGGAUCACAAAAUAUAUCUCUGGGAUUUGAACGGAGCAGGAGAAAGGUUAAAAAUUGAUUUAUCUGAAGAUGAACUUGCGACUAAAGGCUCCGUAUAUGCGCUGAGCACAAGGGGCUCGAUAUUAGCAAGUGGAGGGCCGGAGUGCGUCGUUCGUGUGUGGGACCACAGGUCAGGGAAAUUGAUCACGAAAUUUGUUGGCCACACAGAUAAUGUGCGAGACAUACUUAUCAAUCAGGAUGGAGAUACAAUCAUGACUGCAUCCUCCGACCAGACCGUCAAAAUAUGGUCCAUGACGGCUGGACGAUGCAUGCAUACUUUGACCAUGCAUAAUGAUAGUGUUUGGUCACUUCAUUCCGACCACCCUCACCUCUCCGUAUUCUACUCCAGCGACAGAUCAGGUUUUGUUGCCAAAACGGAUUCUCGAAGGGCUACGGAUUUUGACCAGGGGAUCUGCGUGGCCGCGCUUCAGGAAAAUGACGGAGUCGUGAAGGUCGUUGCUGCUGGUGACUAUAUCUGGACUGCGACGCCAAAAUCCAGCAUUAACCGAUGGAAUGAUGUUGACACAACUGCAGAAGUUGAUUUGCCACUUCCAUCACAACAUCGACAUACUUCUAGCGCUAUCUCGCAUCAAAGCAUGGGCACUACCCAACCUUCAUCUGAAGUUUCGGAAUCUGUUUCUUCAGCACGGAGACUUCCUCGCAGCUCCAUUCUACAGUUAUCAAACGCGGCCGCUCCCAUGGGGGGACGUAUGACCCAUGAAAUGUUGCUUGAUGAUGAUCUGGAGUUGGUAGUGCCCCUUCAAUCGCUUCCUGAAGAGACGAUAGUGGGACAAAACGGCUUAAUUAAACAUGUCCUCCUCAAGGAUAGGAAGCGCGCUCUUACCCAGGACACGGCAGGGGAGGUAGUCCUCUGGGAUCUCCUUAAGUGUAUUCCUAUUCGGUCCUUUGGGAAGCGUCACCUGGAUGAUGUCACAUCUGAAGUCAAUACGAUAGACACGAUAGCGAACUGGUGCACGUUGGAUACGCGGACGGGGAGACUAUCAGUGAUCCUAGAAGCUAACCGUUGUUUCGAUGGUGAAAUCUAUGCGGAUGAGGCAGGUCUUGACGACUUGAGCCUAUUUAGGGAAGACCAGAGAAUUAAUCUUGGCAAGUGGAUUCUUCGUUAUUUAUUCGCCAGCCUUAUUGAAGAAGAAAUAAAGCAAGAUGCGGCAUUUCGACAGACUCUUGAAGAAAAAGCGAGAGGAACACAAGGGAUUUCUCGACAGAAUGCCCCGGGUUCAAUAGAAAUUCCCACAGUAGUUGCCCAAAACGUAGCCGAAGCUGGUCCCUCCAGUACAAUGCGUACAAGUAGUGGAAUGCAUCAUCCUGCCACACCUGGACUUUCCAUUGGAUUUGUCACUCCUGGAGCGCAAUCCUCCUUUUCUGAUAAUUUAGGGAAUCCGUCAACGUCAGCGCCCGGGAUCCAUGGGCCUGGUAAGGACCAAUUUGACUAUUUUGCCUCCGCCACCAAUACGCACACAAUUGACUCUCCAGAUACAAACCCAAAGUCUCCGGGUCCAGCUGAGGAUGAAUCACAAUCACAGCUCGAAUCUUCGCCAGCCGAUAUGGAGAAGGAGGAUAAACCUGGCAAACGAAGUGGAUCGCGUUUCGGUAAAAAGUUCCAAAUGUCCUUUCCCAAAAAGCUGGGAAGAACUUCCACCGAGACGAAGCCAAUCAUCGAAGAGAAGAUCGAAGAGGAGUCUGAUGACAAGUCAUCUGAAAAAGAAAAAGUGUAUGAAGAAAACCUAGGCGGGGUUAUUCAAAAGAUGAGAUCAGAAUACGAAGACACGUUGAACGAACACCCGGGCCAACCUUUGCCUUCUAGCAUCACCCCAAGCAAAGAAAAUGAGACACCAGCCUUAUCACUGCCACCAAAUACAGCAAUUCUGAUACAAGAGGAACACCCCGAAUCGGCCGUUCCAGCAGAUCUCUAUCUAGGGACCGUCGGGACUGUAGGGGCUGAUGCCGAUAAGCUUGAGAAAUCCAUCCCGAAAUGGCUCGGCGAAUUCCUUUUACGAAACAUUAUACCCUUCAAAGAGGUAACCAAAGUCGCAUUUGCGUUGAAACCAUAUAAAGAUCUACUCCCUCCGGUCGUAAAGCUUGAUACCCUCUCAACAAAUAACAAUCCCUCCCGCUUGAACGCCAAUCGGAUGCUCCGCGCAAAAAAGAUCCUCGCAUACGUCGCUGAACGCAUCGACCCUCAAAACCCUGACGAGCCCGAUGCAAAUCCUCUGAAGCCAGAAGAAUAUUUGGAACUAUACUGCCAAAAUACUACCAAAUGCUCCCCUCCCCUACGCCUCUCCGGUUCGAGGUGA